CCGCCCAUUUUUCAUUUUGAAAAAUUUGCCAAAAUUCACAGUCUUCAAAGAGCCAAAAGUUUUUUUUUUUUUAAUCUUUUGCUGCCUCAAAGAGACCCUUCAUCACCGUUAAAACCCUUUCAAGCAAACCCCCAUUUCUUCGAAGCAAUGGCGGAGUCAAGAGAUAGACUCGGGAGAGCCGUUGAUAUAGCGGAAGUCUUCGCUCGAAGACGGUCUGGGCCUUUGGGGAUUCUCUCAGAUGAAUCGAUGGAUCUUUUAGGCUCUCCCGUUCGACAAUCAGUCACGCGUAGGUCAAUGGGUGUUGUUGGUGUUACUACUUCGACGGGGCGUGGUGUAGGGCUCCGACGAGGUGGCAGUUUUGGGACUCCGAGAAUCGGUAUUCGACGUAGCCGGAAUCUUUAUCGAUCGACCGGAAGAGAGAAUGCUUCGGUGACACCGAGUCCUUUGGGCCGUGGAAGAGGUCGUGGUACGGCUAGUGUGUUACCUUCUUGGUACCCAAGAACUCCUCUUAGAGAUAUCACUGCUGUUGUAAGGGCCAUUGAAAGGAGGAGAGCUCGUUUAGGGGAUGGUGAAGGCCAAAUAGUAGAGACCCCAAUACCACCACAUGAUGAAACUAUUCUUGGUUCAAACAUAUCAUCAGUUGCUCAACUCGAGCACAAUUUCUCAACACCAGCUUCAACUACUAGAUUGAAGCCUUGUCCUCCAUCGGUACGGAAUGUAUCGAAGAUAUUGCUCAAUGUCACAAACCAGAAACCCGAGGAAUCUUCGGAGGAGCUUCUUACACCUCAAAAGAAGCUCUUGAAUUCCAUUGACACAGUGGAGAAAGCUGUGAUGGAAGAACUAAGCAAAAUGAAAAAGACUCCAAGUGCUAAAAAAGCCGAACGACAACACAAGGUCCGAACAUUAAUGUCGAUGCGGUGAUGAUGUUGACGGAAGCUGGCUGAUGAUCAUCCUCUGAUGAUGAUAUGUUUGAAUAGCAUAGAUACUUUCUAUCAUCACUUUGUCUUCGGAAAUUUGACAUAUUCUUGAAUGUCUAUUACCAUAUAGGUUCAUGAGGGCAAUUUUACUUCAAUCCUUGCUGAAGGGGUCAUUCAUGGUUUAAAACCUUGGUAAGCAAGCGACCUUAAGUUUCUUGCUAUCCUUCAUUCUUUGAAGGGAUUAAGGUAGGAAUAGGAGGAUUCUUGUUUCAACUUUCACAAUCCAUGUAGAUAAAAAUACCUUGUUUUUGGGAUUUGGUUCACAUUUUUCUAGGCUUUCUAUAUUCAUGUUUCUAAUGUACUAUCAAAGCUUCAUUAGAACGGAUGGCUUCUAUAUGCUUUAUGGUUUUAAUUGGUGCAAUGCUUUUGCCUUUUGGAUA